AUGUCACUUAUGCCGUAUUGGCUGCGACAUUUGAGGAAUGCGGCGUAUCGCGAUCCGGUACUUCGAGCGUUAGAGGAUCCGUUCAGUUUGAUCACCCGAGAUCCCUUUUUCCGUGAUCCGGUGAAGUAUGUCAAACAACUAACAGCGCCGUUAGAACAGCAACACCAAGGAAUUGAAGGCGUUUACUCCGACUCUGAGAUAAAAGUAGACGGGAAGAAAGUGGAAGUGCAUUUGGACGUUCAGAACUUCACACCAGAUCAGAUUGCGGUGAAAACUGUUGGCAAUGAAAUAAUGGUGGAAGGAAAGAAGGAGAUCAAGAGGGAUGGUGGCUGGACAAGAAGUCAUUUCGAGAGGCGGUUCCUUCUUCCUGAGGGAUUUCCUCCAGAGCGUGUGGAGUGUCAUCUCGAUAAAGGAAAAUUAAAACUGAUUGCAUUUAGAGCGGAAGCGUUGGAGGAAAGAAAUAUUCCAAUCCAGGAAAAAUCUAGCUCCGAUGGUGAAAAAUCUUCGUAA